AUGAGGCAGAGCAGGUUUUAUAAGGAGGGUGCAGAUCCAGCACCCCACAAAGCCCCAGUGCCACCCCCACAGGUAGGUGCCACCACCUGGGAGCUGCUGUUCUGCUCAGGGAUUGUGGGACUGGGGACAAAGGUGGGGUUUGGGACCCCCAAAACCUGCUCAGGGAUUGUGGGACUGGGGGACAAAGGUGGGGUUUGGGAUCCCCAAAACCUGCUCAGGGAUUGUGGGACUGGGGGACAAAGGUGGGGUUUGGGACCCCCAAAACCUGCUCAGGGAUUGUGGGACUGGGGGACAAAGGUGGGGUUUGGGACCCCCAAAACCUGCUCAGGGAUUGUGGGACUGGGGGACAAAGGUGGGGUUUGGGACCCCCAAAACCUGCUCAGGGAUUGUGGGACUGGGGGACAAAGGUGGGGUUUGGGACCCCCAAAACCUGCUCAGGGAUUGUGGGACUGGGGGACAAAGGUGGGGUUUGGGACCCCCAAAACCUGCUCAGGGAUUGUGGGACUGGGGGACAAAGGUGGGGUUUGGGACCCCCAAAACCUGCUCAGGGAUUGUGGGACUGGGGGACAAAGGUGGGGUUUGGGACCCCCAAAACCUGCUCAGGGAUUGUGGGACUGGGGGACAAAGGUGGGGUUUGGGACCCCCAAAACCUGCUCAGGGAUUGUGGGACUGGGGGACAAAGGUGGGGUUUGGGACCCCCAAAACCUGCUCAGGGAUUGUGGGACUGGGGGACAAAGGUGGGGUUUGGGACCCCCAAAACCUGCUCAGGGAUUGUGGGACUGGGGGACAAAGGUGGGGUUUGGGACCCCCAAAACCUGCUCAGGGAUUGUGGGACUGGGGGACAAAGGUGGGGUUUGGGACCCCCAAAACCUGCUCAGGGAUUGUGGGACUGGGGGACAAAGGUGGGGUUUGGGACCCCCAAAACCUGCUCAGGGAUUGUGGGACUGGGGGACAAAGGUGGGGUUUGGGACCCCCAAAACCUGCUCAGGGAUUGUGGGACUGGGGGACAAAGGUGGGGUUUGGGACCCCCAAAACCUGCUCAGGGAUUGUGGGACUGGGGGACAAAGGUGGGGUUUGGGACCCCCAAAACCUGCUCAGGGAUUGUGGGACUGGGGGACAAAGGUGGGGUUUGGGACCCCCAAAACCUGCUCAGGGAUUGUGGGACUGGGGGACAAAGUCCCCACACGCAUGGGAAUGGAUAAUCCUGGUGGCCACAGGAGGAUGGGGCAUUUGCUCUGCUGUCCCGGGCAGGAUAUCAUCGUAUACUGUAAGUUGGCUAUGAGACACUACAGUAUAGAUGAUGUACUCCCCGGGCCGCACCGACCUCCGACACGGCCGGGCACCGGGACGGGCCACACGGGCUGCAACAGGAGCCGGGCACGGCCGGGACCCGCGGCCGGCGGGGAAACCGUUACCAUUACUGAGUUUAGUAAUGGUAAUGGUUCUGCCGACGGCCGGCAGCGCGGCACGGCACGGAACGGCACGGGAGGGGACGGGAAUGGGACAGGAAUGGCAUGGGAAUGGCACGGGGGGGACGGGAUGGGACGGGAUAGCAUGGAACGGGACAGGAAUGGCACGGGAUGA